AUGCUCUCCUCCGUCUCCCUUGCUCGAAGGUCCACAUGCCGCCUGCCUUCGCUGGCCGGUAGCAGUCGCUCGCUGUCCAGCACAGCGCCGACCCACGAACGUUUUAAGGACCCGGCGUCCACUCCCACGGCAUUCAAGGAAUGGCUUAAGACCUCGCCGGAUGCGUCUCGUUACCGCAAUGCGAAACGGCCUAAGAACUGGCUUGGGGAUACACCAUUCCCGCAGAACCCGUCGUUCAAGCCGCCAGUACCGGUGUCAAACGCACUCAAGAACGCCAUCUUCGACCAGUUUAUGGCCGACCCUCAAGCCAACUCCGUCCGUGCACUUGCUAGCAAGUACCACCUCAGCAUCAAGCGUGUCGAGGCCAUUCUGAGGCUCAAGGGCUUGGAGCAACAUUGGGUAAAGGGCAAGGCGUUGAAGACUGGCUUCCUGUACAACAUGGAGUGGCACCUCGGCGUCAAGGCGGACUUGCGAGAACACCAGAACCAUGAAGAAUGGGUUCAGUCUCGCCUGAGCGCCGUAGAAGCAGACAAGCUCUAUGACCUUCAGGGUGACGAGAUGGCUCGCUCCCGCUACGAGCGUAUGUUCUUCGAGCCGACGCUUGAAGGCCAGGCACCUAUCCUUCCGGGCGCUCUCGAGAAAGAGAACAAGCAGAAGGAUGUUAGGCGCGCCAAGCGUAUGGAGGAGAAAUAUGACCCUUCCAUCCUCGGUCAGCAUAUCGACCGUGCGGCUCGCCCAUCCGUCGUGACGACCAAGUCCGGCACCGCCCCCGGCCGACCAACGUUGAAGUUCGUCGAUGUUGGCGCCCGUUGGGUAGAUGUCGAGGACCGCAAGAAGCGUGUUCAGGCUGCCGAACGUCGCGCGCUUCUCAGCGCGCAGCGCAGGUUGCCGGGCGAGCAUCAUCGCGAGGCAAUAUCUAACGCCGAGAAGAGCGAGCGCGUCAAGGCGGCGCAGCAGUUCAAGAACUCGUACCGGAGUAUGCAGGCGAGGGCGGAGGCGCGCUCGUUGAGAGGGAGGCCCGUGCGGUAUAACCGUUUUGCGGCGAGGAGGCACGACGCGGUGAAGCGCGCUGUUGCGCAGGCGAAGGCGACUGCGUGA